AUGAAUAAAUCCUAUUUCGUUGGAGGACCCUUUUGUAUAAAAUAUGGCAUAAACAUGGUUUCAAAUCCAGCGACUAUUAUGUACUCCACUCUUUUUUUCCUUGGGUACUAAGUCAUAAUCAAUGUAUUAUAAAAUAUAAACUACUUUGCCUAUGUGUACUUGGAGGGUCUGAGGAACAGAAACCUAUCCGAAAUCAACAUUUUGGCUUUGAGAGAAAUGUCGCUUCAAACCUAUGAAAAUUUAUUUUAUUUGGGUGCUGAAUUUCAUUUAAAUACUUCAUCGAGAUCAAAUAUCUACUCCCUUUAUAAGGCCUUUGAAGGGAAUCGAAUCAAACUUAAGAUCUCUGGAACAAUAUUUCCUUCCUCUUUUAGCAGACAUUUCGUUAACAACAACCAUACUCUGUUUUAAUUUUGGUUGGCCAUUCUUACAUCCUUCGUAACAACAUUUGCUGCCUAUACCCUAUAUCGCAUUCACAAUUCAGUACUCAAAUGUAUGAUAGUUGGAGUUAUUUAACUAGUACAGAAGAAAAUAAUAUCUCAGAGAAAGAAACAAGAAAUUAUAAAAGAGGGCAGUCAUGAUCAAUUGAUUAAGAAUCAUAGGCUUACAAUGUGUAUUGGGAAAAGUAUUAUAAGCAAUGAAAAUUCAAUUAUAUUUAUGCAUUAUACCAAAUUGUAUAAAAAUCAAAAGAAUAAAUUAUAUUAUUUUAUGAUUCCUAAUUUUGAACACAGUUUGCAUUUAAAAGAAAAUACGCAGAACUUUCCACAAUCAGAACAGUGCUAAUCUCACCAUAAUUUCAGUUUAAACAAUGAUAAUAUGAGGACCUAUAGCGUGGAUAAUCUAAAAUUAGAUUUUGACAGAUGGAAUACUCAGACUCAAACAGAAGCAGCCAAGCAGGAACCCAACCCAGCAAACCCUUUGAUAUAGAAUUAAAAUCUGAGUGCUAAAUUAAUGUUGAUAAUAUCUUACAAAUUAAUCAGAAUUGUAUAAAUUUCAUUCGAAUUACAAGUUAAUGAACCAGAACUCAUUGAUUUCAACAAAGUUAUUAAAUUCAAUUCUGAGGAAACAUAGAAAGAGGAUCAAUAAUUACAAUUGCAAUAUGAAAGGAAUUAUGAAUCACACAACAGUGAUUUAAUUGUAGUUCCAACUCCAUCUUAGAGAAAUAAACUCAAAGCGGUUGGAAAUAUGUUUUUGGGAAUAUGGAGAUUACAAUAAAAUGUUGUUGAACCAAUAAAAUCUACAGAAUAAUUUUAUGAUAAUUUUGGAUCUACUUAGCGUCAUUUUAAUAGCAAUUAUAAAUAGAUUCAUCCAGCUAAAGAUUCUGAGGAUCUUAGGUUAAUGGAUAUUUUCAAUUAAUUCAAAUUAGUAUGUCUCUUCACUUAGCAUUCUAUGUCCGGUUCAAGUGAGGACAUUCAACACAUGAUUAAGAUUCUUCAAAGAGAUCCAAAACGCAACCUGACGAAUCCACAAGAUCCAAAUCACAUCAUAAACCAAUUGAAUUAAUAUGGUCAAAAUGCCCUUUAUAUUGCAUCUAAGAAUGGGAAUGUUGAAGUGAUUAAAUUUUUGUUGUCACUUGAAUGCAAUCCACACAUCAGAAGUCGGAUUGUUGAGGAUCUCACUGAAAGUCCUUUAGAAGUAUCAUCAAGAUGGCACCAUUUAGAAUGCGUAAGAUUGCUGUUGAAUGCUGGCAAAUAUACUAAUGCAGAAUUGAGAUCAGCAAUUAAAGUAACCGAAAAUUAAGAAAUCAUCAAUUUGUUGAAAUUGAAUAUGACCUCCUCUCUUUUCUCUUGUUGUCUUUGA